AUGAUUGUUUUGGUUAUUUUAAUAUCCACAUUGAUGAGAAAAUGUAUAUCUAGGUUGUGCAUCACUAAAACUGCCAGCAAAUCGGUGCAAGUUUGUGGUACCGAGCUUGAUGUUGUAGAUUCAUUGGUGAAAGUAAUUUCUGUGGAAGAUGGUCAGAAAUUCAUAAAGAUAAUUGGUACUGGAAAGAAAGGUGAAAGCAAUCACUCGGGCACAUUUUCGCAACAAAGACGAUGUUUCCGUACAGUUCCUGCAUGCUUCUCGGACAAGUCAAACAACACUGAUGAAAAUGGUCAAAGAGGUAAUCUGGGAGUAAACAACAAAGACUUAAACUCAAAGAAGUCAAAAACCAUGUGUGCAGAUGGUGCCAACUUCGAUGCAGAAGCAUUCAAGAAAGCUAAUCCCAAAGUGAAAGUGGGAUGGGCUAUGUCUGCCUUGAAGAAUGGUGAUGAGACGAAGAGGCAGCAAAUGAAAGCUUGCUCAGAUCACCUUCAGGAAAUGUGGCAAGAAAGGAAAGACAAGUCACCAGUGUUAAAACAGUUCAGAGACUACUUGAUGAAAAGUGAUAACCCCUAUGCAUUUGUUGUUUUCCUGUUGAAUGACUCGCAUGAUCUUCAUGUUCACAAAACUGCGACUUUUUCGUAUGCAAUUUGUAAGGAAUUUGAUGGUUGGUUGUCAUCUCCUCAUUGCAACAUCAGGAAUAAAGGACAGGUUUUAACACCAGAGUUAAAACUGGAUGCUGUGAGUGUUGCAACAAGGUACCACACAGUAAUGUUUCAACUGGUAUUUAAAACAUUUGAGCUGAAGCACCAAGGAAAUGGUUACAUGUUGCCAGAAAUAAAGAAAUUCUUAGAGAGGAAGAAGUAUAAUGAGUGUGCUUUGCUGGCAGGGCAUUUGGGUCUACAAGACCACUUCAGAAUUGAGGAGAUAGCAGUGCCCCUGAUUCUGCAGAACAAGUUAAACCUUCUAGAGACCUACCUCAGAGGAAAUCCAGGACAGCAGACACUGGUUGUUCAGUUCCUAGAUCACAUGUGUGAUAAAAGCUACAAUAUUAACAAUCUUGUCAGUUCUAUGCAGGUCCCUGAUGUCAAGAUGAGUCAUCUGCAGAAAAAGUCAAUUAGCAAACUAGCUACAAGACUGGCCAAGCUAUACGAGAUCCCUAAUGAUCUGAUACCCAACAUAGUCACAGCCAGAGGUCUGGGAGCAUUAAAAUUUCUCCUGUACAAGAGAUACAUAGAGAAUGGCAUGGCUGCUGGAAGCUGGGAGGACAUGGUGCAGAAUGCAGUGGGGGACAAUGAGACCUUACAGCUGGAGCUAGUGGAACAGCUGCUUUGUUAUAAUGAGGUCAAGGCUGCUGCAAAGUGGGCCAACUUUUACGACCUUCCUAAUGACAAAUUAUCCAUUCCAGUGAUAGAGGAGAGAAAACGGUUGGCUGAGGGUCUUAGCUCAGAGACUGCUGCUGGGCCUUCAGAGGAGAGCUGGGAGGAUGAACUGAUGCCAGUGGAUGACAUGGAGGCUUAUUACUAUAAACUCAAACUAGACUCCUCCAAGAUACAGUUUGUGGACACCAAGGAAAAAUACCAGGAGUUUAUCUCCCUUCUGUCCAAGCCAGGCCUUAUAGUUGGAGUUGAUUCAGAGUGGAAACCAUCUUUUGGAAAUUCCAUUCAAAGAAUAGCCCUUAUGCAGUUUGCAACUAUGGAUCAGAUUUUUCUUCUGGAUAUGAUAGCUCUCAAUUCCGUCUUAUCGGGCAGUGACUGGGGUUUACUUGCCACAGCGGUGUUUUGCAAUGAGGAUGUUUUAAAACUUGGGUAUGGAUUUGAUGCUGAUCUGAAAAUGAUGGUGAAAUCAUAUCCUUUCUUGAAAGAACCCCUUACCAAGAUGAAAAGAACAGUGGAUUUAGAAAAGUUAGCUAUAAAGGUGAUAGACAAAGCCAUUAACUUGAUGUCAGAUGAAAAGGGAGAUUCUGAUGAUGAGGGUUUGGAGGAUAAAGACAGCGGAAUCAACAUCAAAUUCCAGAAAGUCGAGGAGAGGGGUCUGAGUGAGUUAGUUCGUCAGUGUCUAGGCAAGCCACUAAAUAAAGGGGAACAGAUGUCAAACUGGGAGAAACGACCCCUACGUCCCACACAGGUCCAAUAUGCAGCACUUGAUGCUUUUGUCCUGCUGGAAGUCUAUGACUGCAUGGUUCAAACUGCCAAAAGGGAGAACAUGAACAUUGAUUUAGAACCAGCAGUCACUGUUAAGUGGAGCAAGGAAAGCAAACUAGACAGACUGAGAGCCAAAGCCAAGGGUCAACAGCCUCCAAAACCAGCAAAGGCACAGGUACCACAGAACGCCUCUUACCUGGGGACAGAGAUGGAGCCUGGUCAGCUGAGGGUGGUUGUGGACUCCAUGUUACAAGGCCUUGGGCGACAACUAAGGGGAUGUGGGGUAGACGUCUACAUACUAAACUAUGAUGAGGAUCAUAAUAAAGCAAUUGAGGUUGCUACCAAAGAAAACAGAAUUAUACUGUCAUCAGGGAUGCCUUAUCAAACAAUUUGCUCUCAAGUAGGAUCAGAAAGGUGUUUUCAUGUCAUAAAUACUCUGCCAGCAAAGGAGCAAAUUGUGGAUGUUCUGAAGCAUUUUAAAGUCAGGGUCACAAAAGAGGACAUAUUCAGUCGAUGUAAAGUUUGUAACAGUGACUUCUUCCUUAAGAUUCCAUGUAGAGAUGUUAGGAAAAUGUCAGAAAUAUCAACAAAAUAUAAGGAGGGAAAACCAAGGGACAGAACUCCAUCUCAGGAUAGAUGGCAGAAAUAUAUGUCGACUACACAUGGCAUUGACUGUUCAAGUGUUUCAUUUGUGAAGACAGGCAUAGAUAUUAUGAUUGACACUGUUCCUCAGAAAAUAUUUGACAAAGUGGAUUUCUUUUAUAUUUGUGUAAACUGUGGGAAGAUAUUCUGGGAAGGUCCACACAUGAGUACAGCUUGUGAACAGUUUGCUCAUGUUAUGAACCUUCAGUCAUGAGCAAACUACAUGGAUAAUAUUCAUGAUUAAAUUUCAAAAGGCAUGAUAUAUUUUUUUUACUACAUAUGCUCUUAAAUCAAUUGGUUCAGUGAAAAAAUACUGCUUGUCAUUAAAUGGACACACUGUUAUAUCCAUGUACUUAUUCAAUUGUUCUGUAUAACAGAUUAAAAUAAACACAUGAUGUUG